UCUGCGUGCGUGCCGUCGUAAUCUGCUUCGAUCGACCCUGCAUUUCUUUGUUGAUGCGUCUGUGUGUAUGUAGAGUGGUAAUCAACGUGCGCAGCAUAAACUGAUGUGGUGGGCCGAUCAUGCCGUCUUUCUGUGCAGCCUACGGUUGCACGAACACCAGCGGCCGCGACGAUGUUGUCUUCCAUUGCUUCCCACAAGACAAGAAGCUUUUAAGGAAGUGGGAGGCUGCUGUGAAGCGAAAGAAUUUCAAGCCCUCAAGAACCACACUGCUGUGCUCCAACCACUUCCGUGACGACGAUUAUCACGAGAAUUUGUCAUUAAAACGUGCGUUGGGUUUGCCAGUCAAGUCGGCUCGUCUAAGGCCCGGCGCAGUGCCGUCAGUGUUCGCGUACACAAGGAGCUCGUCACCGCUGUCAAGGCCAGCUUUCGCGAAAAGAAGGAAGCUUGAGGUUCUCAAUGAACUGCUGGGAAACACGGCUUGCACUGAAGACUGCGCACCAAGUGACUGCGCACCAGGUGACUGCGCACCAGGUGACUGCGCACCAGGUGACUGCACACCAGGUGACUGCACACCAGAUGACAGUGAAGAUCAAGAAUUCAUGGCAGUUGACAUCACAGAUCAUGACUGCGCUACAAGAAACUUGCCACUUGCAGACGGUGCCCAAGAACCAGCACUGAUCUCCCAUAAAGGUGACGACAAGUGCUUUCAAGUCAUUAUGCGUCCUGAAAACUGCUCUAAGGCAUCACAAGUGAACAUGAAAAAAAAAGGCAAAUCAAAGGAAGCACAGACAAAGUCUUGUAGUGUUUCUAUAGGUGUUCAGGUUGGUGCCUCGAUGGUUAGUGCGGCCACCCAGGUACAGUUGGGCACUACAGUGUGUGAAGCAAGCUCCGAGGACAGUGAUAGCGAGGAACUCAGUGACAAUGGCGACUCAUUCAGCCGUGAUGACGACUACUGCCCCUUGAGUGACUGGAAAGAGGGAUGACUACAGUCUGCAAGUCGGGCCACACGAUUUCUUGGCAAAAUCAAAAUUGCAUUCAGCAGUUGCCUGUGCUCAACCUGCGGCUUUCUGCAGCCAUACUAUUUUCUGGGUGCAACCCAACUGCUACCCUCCGGAUGCUUUCGCUAGUUGGGGUACAAGUAUUCGGAGAGAGGACAUUUUUCAACAUUCAGCGUUCUCACCUCUGGCCUGCCAUUGGGAAGGUGUGGAAAAACGAACAGCAACUGUUGCUUGCGGAUAUAGGGGAGCAAAAAGUGAGACUUGCAGGCGAUGGGCGAGCCGAUUCGCCUGAAUUUAGCGCAAAGUUCGGAACAUACUCCUUUCUGGAUCUUCAGCGCAACAAAAUACUGCAUUUUGAACUUGUGCAGUCUAAUGAAGUAGGCGGAAGCUGCUAUAUGGAGCUGGAAGGCCUGAAACGUAGCCUUAGCUUCCUCCAGGAUCACCGCAUUGAUGUAACGUCUAUUGUUACCGACCGGCAUGCCCAGAUAAAGUGUUUUCUUCGGAAGGAGAGGUCCGACAUCACGCAUGAAUUCGAUGGCUGGCAUGUCGUUAAAGGUGUUCACAAAAAGUUGCUUGCUGUGGCUAAGAGAAAUGACUCCAAAGAGCUCAAGGAGUGGACGCAAGCUGUUGGCAACCACCUCUAUUGGUCGGCUGCCUCAAGUGAGGGCCACAAGGAGCUCAUUGUUCCGAAGUGGAAAUCACUGCUAAAUCAUGUCAGAGACAUUCACAGCCAUGAGGAUGCACUGUUUUUAUCCUGUCUCCAUGGAGACAUUGAACCGCGGAAUUGGCUUAGCACAGAGUCGAAGGCUUUCCAGAAGCUGAAGGAAGUAGCGACUUCCAAGGCCCUCCUGAGAGAUUUGCCGCAACUAGCAACGAAGUUCCAGACCUAUGGUUUAGAAGCUUUCCAUAGCGUGCUGCUGCAUUUUGCGCCCAAGUUGUGCCAGUACUCCUUUGAAGGAAUGGUGGCAAGGACUCGGUUAGCAGCCAUGCACUACAAUGAGAACAGUGAGAGAAGGCAGGCAUGUACACAGGAUGGCACUUCUAGGUGGAUUGUGAAAUACCCGAAAGCCACAGGAGGCAAUGCGGUUGCCUGUUUUGUAAAGGAGCAACCCACACAUGGCUAUGUGAAGAGACUACUGGAAGUGGUUAUGCUGGACGCUGUGACAGUGUUACGGACGAGAAGGACCACAAAUGCGAAGAUUCCGCCACCUCUCAGCAGCCGCUUUCCUAAAGCAUCAAAGGAAGAGCUUGUAAACAGGCGGAGAACAAGAUUCAACAAGCAGUUAGAUAUUAUGGUCUUGUAGCAAAAUGUAAUGAGAAUGCCAACAAUAUGAAAAGCUGGUUUGCUCCCAACACAAGCCAUUGUAGACUCAUGACACAGUGCAUGACAAACUACCUUUGUGACAGCUUCACGACAUCCAUGUAAAUAACUUUAUAAAUAUGUGUUUGUGUAUGCUAGGGUUGGCUGUUUUUCUAUUUUACAUGUGUGGCAACCAGAUAAAAUGACACUGAAUAAAAUAUAUAUGUGCUUCCAACUUCACUUUUCAUUGUGCCAGAAACAUUUACU